AAAAUGGGCAGCACGUGGCACAGCGCAGGCCACCGCGGGUGAUUCGAGGGCUCAGCACGCGGCCGGAGCGGAGGGCGGGAGGGGCCGGAGAAUGCGCCUGUGAUUGGACAGCCGAGGGAACAGCGGCCCCUGUGAUUGGACGAGGCCGGGCCCCAGGGCCGCUUCUGGCACCGCGUAGGGUUCUGGGUAGCAAGGCCCUUGGAAGGGUCUUAACCGAAAGGGGGAGGGGGAAGGUCGCCAACAAACGGCUGAGCUCACAAUCCGGGCCGGGGCCGGGCCGGGGCGUCCCCCUCCCCCCAUGGAGAGGGCCAGGCCGGAGCCGCCGCCCCAGCCGCGCCAACUGCCGCGGACGACCCCGCCGCGCCCGCUCCGCCCUGCUCCUCCCCAGCCGCCGGUCGAGGGCGCCUCCUUCCGGGCUGCGGCCGCGGAGCUGCCGCCGUCGCCGCCUACCCCGUGCGCGGCCGCCAUUGCGACCGUGGCCUCGUCGUGCGGGGAGGCCCAGGCGUCGGGGGUACAGCCCGCGGCACGGCGGCUGCUGCAGGUGAAGCCCGAGCAGGUGCUGCUGCUCCCGCCGGGGCCGCCGCUGGCUCAGGCCCGGGACGAAGGCGGCGUCCCCUCGCCCGCGCAGGCGCGGCUGCUGCAGCUGAGGCCCGAGCUGCUGCUGCUGCCGCCGCCGCCGCCGCCGCCGCCGCCCCCGCCCGCGUCCGACGGCGCCCCCUGCAGACCCGACUUGCACGCGGCGCAGCCUCGGGCCCUGCUCGUCAAGGCGGAGAAGCAGGAGCAGGGGCCCGGCUCGGAGCCGUCGCCGUCGGCGGGGACGCGGAGGCCUGCGGACGGGGGCCCUCGGGCCUCCAGGGCGGCCAAGCUGGAAGGCCCGGGGCCAGCUCUCGACGGCCGCCGGGGGGACCAGAAGAAGGGCAGGCUGGAGGCGGAGGCGGUCACGAGGGACGCGCCGAAAGGCGGGGAAGGCAAAAACCUGGCGGCCGUCAGAGAAGGGGUCAUCAAAACGGAGGAGCCCGAGGGGCCCCGCGAGGACUGCAGACUGGACGGGGAGCCCGCGUCCAAUGGCCUGGUCCAUGGCAGCAAGGAGGUCAUCCUGGCCCAGCCGUCCAGCGCCUUUGGGCCCCACCAGCAGGAUCUCAGGAUCCCUCUGACUCUCCACGCGGUCCCCCCUGGGGCCCGGAUCCAGUUUCAGGGACCUCCACCUUCAGAGCUGAUACGGUUGACCAAGGUCCCCUUGACGCCAGUGCCUAUUAAAAUGCAAUCUUUACUGGAGCCUUCUGUAAAAAUUGAGACCAAAGAUGUCCCGCUCACCGUGCUUCCCUCAGAUGCAGGAAUACCAGAUACUCCCUUCAGUAAGGACAGAAAUGGUCAUGUGAAGCGACCCAUGAAUGCAUUUAUGGUUUGGGCAAGGAUUCACCGGCCAGCACUAGCCAAAGCUAACCCAGCAGCCAACAAUGCAGAAAUCAGUGUCCAGCUCGGGUUAGAGUGGAACAAACUUAGUGAAGAACAAAAGAAACCCUAUUAUGAUGAAGCACAAAAGAUUAAAGAAAAGCACAGAGAGGAGUUUCCUGGUUGGGUUUAUCAACCUCGUCCAGGGAAGCGAAAACGCUUCCCUCUAAGUGUUUCCAAUGUAUUUUCUGGUACCACACAGAAUAUCAUCUCUACAAAUCCUACAACAAUAUAUCCUUAUCGCUCACCUACCUACUCUGUGGUAAUUCCCAGCCUACAAAACACCAUCACUCAUCCAGUUGGUUUCCUUGAGGAAGCAGGAAAGGAAGAAGCACAUGGUUCAACAUAUAGUGAUGCCCCACCUGCCAUCCAGCUGCCCACACCUGCAGUCCAGCGCCCAAGCCCCAUCUCACUUUUCCAGCCCAGCGUCUCCAGUACUGCCCAGGUGGCAGUCCAGGCUCCAAAUCUGCCCCUCCGCCCAGCACUCCCACCCCAGCACUUUGCUGGGCCCUCCCAAACAGACACUCAUCGGCUGCAUUCUGGAGCCAGUUGCUCUGUGAAGAGACCCACGCCUGUCUCUCUGGAGAACACCAACAGGAUUCCAACUAGUGCAAGUACUGCCCAUGCCAGAUUUGCAACCUCAACCAUCCAACCUCCUAAGGAGUAUCCCAGCGUUUCCACUUGUCCCAGAAGUGCACCAAUCCCCCAGGCUCCUCCUAUUCCACACUCACACGUAUACCAGGCUCCUCCCCUUGGCCAUCCAGCCACGUUGUUUGGGACACCGCCGCGAUUCUCUUUUCAUCACCCUUACUUCCUACCUGGACCGCACUAUUUCCCAUCAAGCACGUGCCCUUAUAGUCGGCCUCCCUUUGGCUAUGGAAAUUUUCCAAGUUCAAUGCCAGAAUGCCUUGGUUAUUAUGAAGACAGAUACCAAAAACAUGAGGCUAUGUUUUCAGCUUUAAAUAGAGACUAUCCUUUUAGAGACUACCCAGAUGAACGUACACACAGUGAAGAUUCUCGGAGUUGUGAAAGCAUGGAUGGGACCUCUUACUAUAAUAGUCAUAGUCACAGUGGGGAAGAAUACUUAAAUCCCAUGCCUCAGCUGGACAUUGGAGCCUUGGAGAAUGUCUUCACAGCCCCAACAUCAACUUCCUCUAGCAUCCAGCAAGUCAAUGUCACUGACAGUGAUGAAGAGGAAGAAGAAAAAGUGCUCAGAAAUUUAUAACUUUAAAACAAAUAUGCACAGAAAAUAAACAUUUCUUAAAAUAUA